AUACUGUGUGUGUGUGUGUGUGUUUGCGCGCGUGCGCUGCGUGUUCGAAAUCCUUGGUUCCACAUUUAAAAUCCUAACCGAUUUCCACUGCCCGCUUCAUGUUGCUUCUGUAAAAGAUCCCUUCUUUUCUGAGAGCAGUAUAAGGGGAGCUUCGUCCCGAGAGGAAGUAACUGUUUACUCUCUCUCUCUCUCUCUCUCUCUCUCUCUCUCUCUCUCUCUCUCUCUCUCUCUCUCUCUCUCUCUCUCUCUCUCUGUAACGCAAACCAGGUGAAGAGCUCACAACACCGCUCACUAUACAGCCUUCGGACAAAAACGUGUUUUCUGCUCGCGGAAUAAUCUUUACAGUCGUAUGUGGAGAUUUUGUUGAUGACUUUUUCCUCCAGGCAGUAACUUUUCCGCCCGUGUGUUUUUGGAGCGCAGUUUUGGAGCAGUCGGUGCUGGAGGCGGUGCUGGAGUUCCUCUACCCGAUUUAAACCCUUUUCCACCAGCUUGCCCCGCAUAUCCUGUAGUGUAUCCAGAACUCCGUCAGGAUGUGGCCAGGUUUUUGAUUGUGCAUCACUUCGCAUUGAUUUUUCUUUUUUUUUUUUCCGUCUCCAAAAAAGUUUGAACGCAGAGCUGAAAGUGUAAUGCUGUUUUAUAAUUGCUGUUUGUGUAACCCUUUCGAGCAUCGGCGACCAUUUGGAAGGAUGCAGGAGGGACUGUAACAUCACAUCACAUCCAUGGUACCCUAUGUGUCUGGGCAUCGGGAUGCUGCUGCGCCGGAUCCUGGUGAUCGGGACGCUGAGGCGCACAUGGCGCACGGCUCCCCUUGUGCUCGUGGGGCUCGCUGUGUUUCUUAUUUACCACACAUCUGUUGUGAACCGGACAGGAUGCAGGCCUGGACAAGAGGACCAACAGAACAAAUCAAGGAUAAGGGACCGUACAGUGCUUCUUAAGCAGUCAAAAGAACUUGUCUCUUUACUGGAAGUGUGGAAUGAUCACAAUGAGAUCCCCUGGUCUAAGAGGAGCUGUGCAGGGAAGGCCAUCAUCUUGACUGGUCAGCACGUUCCCUCGGACACAGAGGUCCAGCUUUAUCACAAAGUUCUCCAGGAACAGGGUUACCAUGUCUUCCACGGACGCUAUGCUGAGACCAGUGCCACUCUUACACACAGCGGUGGAGAUGGUCAGGAAUGGUCUCUCUUGAUAUGUCUCAAAGGAACAGAAAAAAGCUGCCUGCGAAAAAUCAACUUUGCCGAUUCCCAGCCCCACCAGAGGGUCAACAUUAUACCAGCGUUUGUUGGAGCUUUUAUGGACAUGGGCGGAGUGUGUCGAUUUCUAAUAGAUGGCCGUUUGUCAGGCAUGCCAUUACCCAUAAUUCCAUCUGCCUGCACCUUCUCUGGACCAGAACACGGAGGAUCUCCUUAUCACACUGAACAAAUCUGGAACCAAGUUUCCCAGCCAGGCUCCCCAUCCAGUCAGGGUUCAUUAGCCUUAGUGAAUGUUUAUGUCUUGGUCACAUCAGCCACACCCCUCACUGCAUUCCUACAUCGUACAGGCUUGGUCAGGACUCAUCUGGACAAACACAGUUAUAUAACUAAGCUGCAGUCGUUCCUUAAAGACAGCCUGGAUCCUUCAGGAGCUCUUCAGGCUUUUGAACUCAUGAAGCAGGUCAUUAGUGAGGUUCUAACAGCUGCUGUUUUAACCACAGAUGACCCCAGCUCUCCACCCAGGUGUUCACUGUGUUUUCAAUUGAUGACCUUUACCCUGAGUUACAAUGCGUCUGCGCGUCCCGUAGUGGUUAAGGUGCAGUCUGACCUGCAUUUUGACGGUAUAAAAGACCCAGUCUUUGAUGGACAGAUCACCAAAGAGUACAUAUUAGAAGAUAUGCUGAAGCUCCUUUUCCCAGCAUGCAGUCGUGAGGACAGGACUCCCGAAAGUACUCAGGAUACGGCACAAAUCAAGUACAUUGAGUGUGAUCAGGCGAGCAGUUUGUGCUUAACGGCAGGUAAAAUAGAGUUGCUUCAUGAGUUUUAUCAGCAGCUCAAGAGAUCUGGCAGCUUUCAUGUGCUCUACCCCAGAUCAUCUCAUUUCUUUGCUAUCCAGCAUGAUAUCUUUCAAAGAUUCCCUGCUGCAGAGGAUUCUGGGAAGGCACCAGGACUCUCAGACCUACUACAACACCUUAGCUUGUCCUACACACAGAGCAUUGACGAUCCAGACAGGCCUGAGAAGUGGGAUUCACUGCCACCAGAACCAGGGAGGUGUGUUGAACCCCAUCUGCGUCAACUUUAUACCGAUCCUCCUCUGGUUCUAACUCCGCUCUUUAACCCCUGGCUGAAGGAGUACCGAGCUGAGGUACCGUUUGACGUGGUCACUAUCCGGAUCAGACCAGAACCUGUGAGUGCAAAGUGCCACGCUCACCUGGAUGAACAUCGGGGCCCCAGAAUGGCGAACUACCCGCUCGGCCUGGGCAACAGCCGCAUCAACAUUCUGCUGCUGGACGAGUCAGGGGAGGAGCCUGUUGUCAUGACGAUAUACACUCUGCACAUAUUCCGGGAGAGCAGGCCCAGCCUGCCGAUGUUUGACGAGUAUGUGAUGUGCGGCUUCAUACAGGACUGUGGCCUGCCGGUCAGUCCUGAUCAACCCUGUGGCUUGGAACCCGUUUCCGAGCUCAAAUCAUCUCAGCCUUGCUCUUCAGGAGAUGAACCAGGGCACUGGGUGGUGCCAUGCCUAAGCUGUUCAGACAACAGGACGUGUGAUUGGCGGGAGGUUGCCUGGCAACCAGACAGCUGUUACCACCCUGUACUGGAGCAGCCACAGCUGCAGCGAUGCAUGAUGGACAAGAAGGUCCUGUUCAUCGGGGAUUCUACUAACCGGGGGAUGAUGUACUACCUGAUGGAGCGAGUAAACACUACACUGGAGGAUUGGGACAAGGCUCAUGACACUAUUAUCUACCACAAUCUGAACCAGGGCAGAACACUCAUCAGCUACUCCUACUACCCCCAGUUCUGGCUACAGAAAAACCAGAGACCCACCUUCCAACAAGCGCUGGAACAGCUUAUAGAUAGGUCACGACCUCUGGAAAACUCCCCUCAGACAGUGCUGGUUGCUGGAGGGGUCCAGUGGCUCAGUCUAGAGCAUCUGAGGACCAUGCAGCAGGUCCUUGAGAGAGAGAAGCUGCAGAACAUCGUGGUGGUGGUGAAGUCUUUAGGAAUGGGCUUUCACCUGCCAGUGGACGGCAUUCGCUCUCUCUCUCUAAAAGGAGUGCAGGACCUCUACAGCAGGAACAAGAACAUUCUUGAAAGUGCAAAGCGUCUCAGGUACGAAGUGAUCGACACGUUCAGCGUCACCAUGGGCCGCUAUAAGGAGUUCCUUCAGGGCCGCUGUGCCUGCCAUUUCCACGAGUGUCCUAAAAUGAGGCAUCUUCCACGUCAGCUGUCACAGACUCACGACAAAGGAAAAUUCCAGCUGGAAAUGAAACAAGGAGAAAUCAGCACAAUUGUUUUAUUCCCUGCUGGAAAAAUUCAAGAUAUACAGUAGUUCAAUGCAUCAGAUACGAAACCAAAUAAAAAAGACUGUGAUGUUUAUAACUACACUCUAACCAUAAGAAAAAUAAUAACUAAAUAAUGGUACCAAAUAUCAGUAAAGUUAUAGCAAGAAUAAACAUUCUCCAGUAUCUUGCUCGAUAUAACAGAGCAGUUAAAUUCUCAAUUCAGAUUGGUCAGAAGAUGUUGCUUGUUGUAAUUUCCACUAAUCUCAGGUUUGAUCAAAGCUCCAGCUGGUUUAUAAUAGAAUCAGCUUUAUUGCCAGGCAUGUUUUCACAUGCGAGGAAUUUGUUUUAGUGACAUAAGUGACAUAAUCUCCUUGUUAUUAAUGCACUUAUGAUGAUGAUGAUGAUGAUGAUUAUUAUUGUUAUUAUUAUUAUUAUUUUUAUUAUUAUUAUUUCCAUAUUAUUAACAUCCAAUACAUUUGUUU